AUGAGUAACCCAUAUCCCAAACCACCUAAAUAUCCAACUCCACAGAGUCUUCCCGGAAGACUUCAUACUCUUAGUGCCGAUCAAGAAAUCAAGUUUAAGCAAACUUGGGCUUAUUUGUUGAAAUAUUACGGGUACCCAAUCGACUUCCCGGAUGAAGACGUUCAGUACAAGGAAUGCUUUGUUGCUUCCACCAUUACUCAAAUGUACGAUAACGAAAAUGGUAUGGCAUCAACCGCGUUAGGAAGAUCGAACACCAGAAACUCAGUCAAUUCUUCCAAUUCAAGAAGUACCGUGGGUUCCAAAAAGCUGAAGUUAGGUGGGAUGUUUGGUAAGAAGAAGGAAGUGGAGGAGAAGGCUGCUCCGGUUGAAUCGGCCAGAUUACGUAAGAUCCAGACCCAAUCCUCCAUGGAAAGGUAUAAUCAGGUAACUCAACCCGAUCCCAAGAUUAUGGCCAUUUAUUCCAAUUAUUAUAAGCAAACUUUUGAACACUCAAGAUGGUACGAUGAUUCUUUGGACGACGAUACCUAUGAUGACGGUGAUAACUUAUCUUUGGAACGGUUUGUGACUGCUUCCACUUCUUUAACUGAUUAUGGUGAAGUUUACCCUACUGGAUCGAAAGCAGGUAAUGGUAAUGGAAAUGGCCACGGCUAUAAUGGUAAUGGUAAUGGUUACAACGGUAAUAAUGGAUACAGCAAUUCUGGUUCUUCCACCUCUGUUCAUCAUAAGAACCUUUUCCCCUUGUUCUCUGAAUACGAUCCAAAGACUUUGCAUAAAACUACGUUCAACUGUGUUUCUGUUGAUCAUAUCGAUAACUUGUUGUUGCGGUUUGUAAGAGCUAGAAAAUGGGAUAUUGAAAAGGCUAUAGGAAUGAUGUCUAAGACUUUACAAUGGAGAGCCACCGAAUACCCUGCUUAUGAUUGGACCCUUGAAGGUGAUUCCACUUCAUAUGUUAAUGGUUCAUGUCCUGGUUUGACAAAGAACUUUACCACAUCCAAAUGUUAUCUUAGAGGUACUGAUAAAGAAGGCCAUCCUAUAUUUAUUUUCAAAGCCAAGAAGCAUUUAAUUGGUGAUUCGCCCUUGGCUGAUACCCAAAGAUUUGCUGUGUUAACCAUUGAAUGGACUAAAUUAUUAUUACAAGAAAAUAUCGAUGGUGUGGAUCAAUGUACUGUUUUCUUUGAUUUAAGUGGAUUCUCGUUAAAGAAUGCUGAUUAUGGUGCCAUCAAGUUCUUAGCAGAGAUCUUUGAAGCUCAUUACCCUGAAACAUUGGGUUUUAUCCUUAUUCAUAAUGCUCCUUGGAUCUUUUCAACUGUUUGGAAUAUUGUUAAGAAUUGGUUAGAUCCAGUGGUGGCUUCUAAAAUCAGAUUCACGAAGGAUUAUAAAGAUUUGACUAAAUUCAUUGAACCUCAUUACAUCCCAGAUUAUUUGGGUGGUCAAGAUAACUUCAAUGCUCCAUAUCCAAUUCCAACUGAAAAGCAUACAGUUCCUCCAAGAAGACCAGAUGGUGAAUUUGCUCGUUUAAUGAAGGAAAGAGAUGAUUUGUUUGUGCAAUUCAUAGAAACUACUCAACGAUGGGUGGAAUCUGUUAACCCAGAAGUUAGUUCAAAGUAUUUGCAGGAUAAAAUGAAACUUGGUACGGAUUUAAUAUGGAAUUACAGACAACUUGAUAAAUAUAUUCGGAAUCCAGGUAUGUAUGAUAGAAAUGGUACCUUGAUAAUGGAGAUUCCCAGAAACUAUUAA